CGCCGCCGCCGCUUCGAGCCGCGCCGGGCGCUGCCGCUGCCCCCGCCGCCGCCGCCAUGCCCCAGACGGCCCCGCCGCCGCCCCGCCGAGCCCCCGCCGCACCAUGAAGCGGCAGAACGUGAGGACGCUGGCGCUCAUCAUGUGCACCUUCACCUACCUGCUGGUGGGAGCCGCCGUCUUCGACGCGCUGGAAUCGGAGGAAGAGACGGCGGAGCGGCGGCGGCUGGAGGCGAAGAGCCAGGAGCUGAAGAGCAAGUACAACCUCAGCGCCGAGAGCUACCGCGAACUCGAGUGGGUCGUCCUCAAGCUCAAGCCGCACAAGGCCGGCGUCCAGUGGAAAUUCGCCGGCUCCUUUUACUUCGCUAUCACCGUCAUCACUACCAUAGGUUACGGCCAUGCAGCCCCUAGCACAGAUGGUGGGAAGGUCUUCUGCAUGGUAUACGCCCUGCUGGGGAUCCCCCUCACCCUCGUCAUGUUCCAGAGCUUGGGUGAGAGGAUCAACACCUUUGUCAAGUACCUCCUUCACCGUAUCAAGAAGUGCCUUGGCAUGAGGCGAGCGGAGGUCUCCAUGGCCAACAUGGUCACCAUUGGGUUCUUCUCCUGUAUCAGCACCCUCUGCAUUGGGGCAGCUGCCUUCUCCUACUACGAGCACUGGAGCUUCUUCCACGCCUACUACUACUGUUUCAUCACCCUCACCACCAUCGGCUUUGGGGACUAUGUGGCCCUGCAGAAGGAUGAAGCCCUCCAGAACAAGCCACAGUACGUGGCCUUCAGCUUUGUCUACAUCCUGACUGGGCUGACAGUCAUCGGGGCUUUCCUCAACCUAGUGGUGCUGCGUUUCAUGACCAUGAAUGCCGAGGACGAGAAGCGAGACGCUGAGCAUCGGGCACUGCUCACCCGCAACGGGCAAGCCAGCAGCAUCCACACCACAGACACUGCCUCGGCUACACCGGCGGUGGCAGUGGGUGGCGGUGGUGGCAGUGGUGGUGGCUUUCGGAAUGUCUAUGCUGAGGUUCUUCACUUCCAAUCCAUGUGCUCAUGCCUGUGGUACAAGAGCCGGGAGAAGCUGCAGUACUCCAUCCCUAUGAUCAUCCCCAGGGACCUCUCCACCUCGGACACCUGUGUGGAGCAGAGCCACUCCUCACCCGGCCGCUGUCCGGAGACGCCAUCCAACAGAUGUUUCUGCAACACCCGCCGGUCGGCCAUCAGCUCUGUCUCCACGGGUCUCCACAGCUUGACAGCUUUCCCAAGCCUCAUGAAGCGCCGCAGCUCCGUGUAACCCUUCUCCAUCCCCACCCUGGGCCCCUCCUUGUCCAAGGAACCUUCUUGGUCCUUGCAGGAGGAACCUGCCCCGAGGUCUGCCUACAGAUGGGAAGGCAGCGAGCUGGGACCCCCGGGGGGCCGUGUUUCUCUGCCAGGACUCGGGAGGGAUGCAAGAGCAGCAGUGAGGCUGCCCUGACCCUCUCAGAAGCAGGAAGAAGGGAGGGAGCUGCUGUUUUGGGGUUUAUUUUUGUUUCAUUUUGGUUUUUUUUUUUAAUUUUAUUUUAAUUUAAAUUAAUCUUAUUUUAUUUUAUUUUGCAAAACCACUCCUCGAAAAUGUGAAUUGUGAAGAGCUGGAGAGGGGUUGAACCUGAUGGUGUGAGGACUAUGCCUGCACCUCUCACCAUGAUGCCUCUGUGCAAGCCGUGGCCCCACAGCAGCCCCACGGCAGCCCCAUGGCAACCUGAGCUGCUGCAUCACAUGCAAAGUGUGAUGCUGCAUGCCAUGGCACUGCCGUGAGCUGGACACGUGGGACGUAAGGAGAGGAGGACACGGGGCUCCUGGCACCACCCACGAGCAGCACUGAGAUCCUGUCCCCUCCAUCCUCUGCAUCCUCCAGCCAUGGGGUUGCCCCGGAGGAAGGCAGAACCCUGGGCAGCGAGGGAUGCUGCGGCGAAGGCGAGCACGCAUCAGCGGGCAAAUCAGGCUAAGAGGGGCUUAGACGGAGCUUUUGCCAUCGCUGUGCACAUCAGGCUGCCCCUGCAGCCGAGAAAACAAGCCAAGUGUCACGUAGGCUGCCGAAAACCUCGGUGGGCAGCCCUCUGAGAGCUUGCUAGGGCUAUUGAACCCCUCUUAGAUGGGCAGACCCGGGCAUCCCAGAGAUUUUCCCACUGGAAAGCCCAGAGGCAGGAGAGGCAGUGGCAGCGCGGUCCCCUGGGACCCCCAUCUCCAUCCUUCCCCGUGGCAGCUCUGGGGCCGGAGCCGUUACACUAGGGGAGCUUUUUCUGGGGGACAAUUGGGGCGUUAUAAGACUCUUUCACCCUUCUCCUUCACACUCCCAGGUUGCACCUUGUGACUUACACCCCGUCUCACCCCAACACCCGGAGCAGGAGGUGCCCCCAGGGCUCCCCCCUAUCCGAGACCCAGGACAUCCAUGGGGUCCCCUUCAGUGCAGACACCCUGUUAUGACAAAAGGGGGGAUGAAAAUCACUUUCCUUGCCCCCCUUCCAUGCACAGGGCAGCCCCACAGGGAGCACCCCCAUCGCUACCCCCUGCCAGCGCACAAAGCACAGGGGACACAGAGGACACUGGGACAUACACGGGGGUGCUGGGGGACUUUGGGGGACCCCCCACUGUUUCUUGUCUCACCUUUUAUCCGAAGAAAACCAAUGUAUUUCUAAUACUUGAUGCCCUGUACACACUGUUAGAUACCAGAGAGGGUAUUUAUUAUAAAUGACGCUAUUGUCGUAUCUAUAGACAUCUAUAAAUAUCUAUUGGAAAGGACUCUGGAGGCAAACUUGGUGAUGAUUCCAGGGGAUUUCGUUUCACUCUCUGCAUCUUUCUCACCCUAGGGCACCCGUGGAGAUCUACCCUUCCCUCAUGGCCCCUGAAAGGUUUCUCUGGUUCUCAUGCCAAAGUCUAUUUGUACCACUGAGUUACUUUCCUUAGAGAGAGAA